GUCACUCUUUAAAAGAAACGUACCAAAAUCUGCUUCCUUGCUCUCACCGACCUCGGGAAACCUUACCCCCCGUGAAAACACCGUCUUGCGACGGCUCUGAACUCGAUGCGGAGACGUUAUCGGCCUCCACCUCCGCCACCUUCUAAACAACAACCGCGGCCUCUGUACAAGCAGCGUUCGUGGUCUCCCGACGUGGAGCGAGACGAGGCAUGGUUGAGGCGGAAGGAAAGCUACGGCGAUGGCCUCCGCCGGUCUCAGAGCUUCUCGAACGACGAUUUGGAGGAGCUUAAAGGCUGUAUCGAGUUAGGUUUCGGUUUCGAAACGGACUCGCCUGAACUGGAUCCGAAGCUAUCCGAUACUUUACCCGCUUUGCCGUUUUACUGCGCCGUCAAUCGUCAAUAUAGCUGUAGACUGCUGAGGACUUCGUCUGCAUCUCCGAUAGGGUCUUGCAGUGACGCCGGCAACAUAAUCGAUCAAGGCGAUGAUCCUGAGACGGUUAAGAUCAGGUUGCGACAAUGGGCGCAGGUGGUGGCUUGCUCGGUGCAGCAAUUUUCUGGGAAUCCAAAUUGAUUUCUGCAGGUUCUUUUUCUUUCUGUAAAAAGAAAAUGAUAACGAAAUUUGAUGAGAUUAAUUUCGUUUGAUUUAACUUAUGAUUUCUGAACUUCAAUUUUACAUUUUUGUAAUAUAAAUUUUGAUUGUUGCUUUUGGUUUCGGAUAGCAUUGCG